CUGAUAGACCGAGCCACCAGCCCUCGCGAUGAAGGUGAUCCCAAGGCUGAGCAGAAAUCCCUGGAGGAGAGCUGGCAGGACCUGGCCUUGAUCAAGACAACAUCCAAACCCCCCAAGAAGCAGAGGAGGGAAGACCUCAGUGAGCCUCUGCUCUCUCUAGUUCGGCCACCGGCACCAGAGCCCAAGGUCUGCUCAGCCCCUCUGGGGUCUCCUCAGGCGGCCCCCAGCCCUCCACGCUGCCUCACGCUGCAGGAGAAGCUCCUCUCCCACUCUAGCAGCUGCCUGGCUGUGCCUGAGGCUCAACCAUCCCUUGCCCCGCAGCUGGCCAGGAGCAUCGCCGUCCAGCUGCAGAACUUCCUGCGUAGCAAGUGCCCGGAGCUGCCCUUCGGCACCGUCUUCCUCAGCGGUCCCCAGCUCGACAGCCUCGGGGGUCUCACCAUUGACCACAUCCACCUCAUGCUGCCGGUGGUCCUCGAUGUCACGCUCUGGAUGCUCAUCCCAGGAGAGGACACCGUGGUGAGGAACCCCCAGUACUGGAUGAUCAAGAGGACUGAUCUGGAGUAUUUCCCUCGUGGGCGGAGCCCCUGGGACAGGUUCAUGGUGGGCCGGUACCUCUCCUCCAACGCGCUCAAUGAGACCCUCCACAAGAUGCUGGUGGCCUCCAUCAACUGGCCUGCCAUAGGGGACCUGCUGGGGAGCGUCAUCUACCCGGACAUGGCCUCCCAGGAGCUGAAGCUGGAAGUCAAACACGAUCAGGUGGAGCUGAGCAUCACUCUCUUCCCAGUGGUGGAAAUGGAGGACAGGGUUCUUCUGGCUGCUCCUCCUGAAGGCCUGGUGGAAAACCUCUGGCUUGAGAGCUUUUACAGGGUGGAGGUGGCGAAGGUGAAGGAGCUGGAUGCUGGUGAUGCUGGGGCUCGGCAGCGCUGCCUCCGCAUCCUGAACGGCAUCUGCAGGAGCCAUCCCACUCUGCACAAACUGAGCGGCAGCCCCUUGACCCACGUCGUCCUUCACCUCAGCGCCAUCAGUUUGGACUGGGCAGAGGAAAGCCUUGCCGACAGGUUCCAGCAGGUGCUUGAGGAGCUGGUGGGGUACCUGGAGAAAGGGGUCCUGCCUUCCUAUUUCAACCCCAAAAUCAACCUCUUCUGCGAGCUGUCGGAAGAGGAAAUCGAUGAGAUGGGCUUCAUGCUCUACAGGGCCAUAUCUGAGCCGGAGCUCCUGCUGGAGGAGAAAUGA